AUGAACUGGCAAGACUCUUUGAGAGCUGGGCAAGAGGAGGAGCUGUAUGACCCAUCUGACACACCAUUCACCGAUGAAGAAGAUGACAUAUAUUGGUCAGAUGUUUCCACAUUGAGUAGAUCAAACACUACACUCCAGGAACUGGAAGAGAAGAAAUACGACCCGCUGGAUACCACCCUAAAGUUUGUCCAAAGGCGGGACGACUUGGAUCCAGUCUCCUCAGAAGACGACUCAGGCCUCAGAGCAGAGAUGUCCUGUGGUCAUGCUGUCAGUCCUGAUUCUCUUACACAGUGGUGCAUCAGCCUGCUCAAGCAGGGGAAAUACAAAUUCAGAUGCCCUGCAUUGGUAGAAGGUACUAAACAGUGCAAUAAACGGUGGUCAUACAAGGAGGUCCGCAGACUGGCAGAUUUGUCUCCAGAGGAGAUGGAGUACUUUGAAUCGACGGUGGCUCGCCUGGCUGCUGCAGAUUACUGUGACAUCAAGCCAUGCCCAAGUUGCAGAACAAAUGUGGAGAGGAAAGAUCUCUCCAACCUGUGUGUGCGCUGCACCAUCUGUACAGCCGAUCUGAAGAAGACCUACGACUUUUGCUGGCAGUGUCUUAGAAAGUGGAAAGGCUCAGGCCCACGAUCUGACCACUGUGACAACGAUGGCUGCAUAAACAGGGACCUGCAGCUUCUGCAGACAUGUAGGAGCAUCAGUCUGCCUGAUGUGAAGGGGGUCACUGACUGCCCAUCAGUGCGAGCCUGUCCCACAUGUGGCAUGAUGGUGGAACACAAUCAAGCCUACUGCAAAAACAUCGACUGUCCUCGCUGCCAUGUUAAGUUCUGUUUUGUCUGCUUGAAACUAAAGCGUGUGUGUAUUAAAACAAGCUCACCAUAUGAAAUCUGUCCCAGUGGUGUGGCUGCUAGACAGACCUCCAUGCCUGUGUGGCACAGGAAAUGA